AUGAUACUGCUAUACGGGCUGUUAUUUGUGUGUUCACUAAUGAUACAAGAGCAAUAUUCAGCUGAUCUUCCUGGACUGGAUCAACUCAAAUCAGGUUUCGAUGCCUCGAAAAUGGUUCCAGGCACUGAGCUAUCACCAAAUGACAAAUCAGCGUUUCGACUAUUCGAUUUCAGUGAAUUAGGUGAAGAAUUUGUACUGAAAGCGUUGAACAAAACUCAAACAUUUCAAACACCGGCGGUUGUACAGGUGACCGAUAUUAGUAUGAGAAAAGAAAAUUAUUGUGAAGCGAUCACAGAAUCAUAUGAAGAGUUUUAUGAACAGUAA